AUCAAUCAUUAUUCAUUAAUCAUAUUUGUUCCAAAAUAUAACAAAUAUUUUACUAUUUCUUUGAUUUUCUUUCAAUUUCAAGCAGUAUUUAUAAGUUGUAAUCGUUUAAAACUCCAUAAAAGUGAUAUAUCUGUCUAACAAUGGAAACUCCAAGUGGCACUUCUGCACCGAGAGUAAGCGAUAAGCGCCUUGCACAAACGCAAGCAAAAGUGGAUGAAGUCGUUGGGAUUAUGCGAGUUAAUGUAGAAAAAGUUUUGGAGCGUGAUCAGAAGCUGUCCGAAUUAGACAAUCGUGCCGAUGCUCUGCAACACGGGGCCGCUCAGUUUGAACAGCAGGCUGGUAAGCUAAAGAGGAAAUAUUGGUGGCAGAAUCUUAAAAUGAUGUUGAUUAUUGGUGCUAUUGGAGUUAUAUUGCUAAUCAUAAUUAUUGUGUGGGCAACAUCCGGAUCCAGUGGCUCCACCCAAUCUACUCAGGCUCAAGCCGUUACAGAAGGAACAGGCUGAUUAUUAUUAUUUUUAUUAUUCAUAAUAUAAUAAUUCAUCUCUAUCGUAAACCAAAUCAUCAGCCAUACUUUUCACGAAUGACGAGAAAAUCUAUAAACUGACUGAUAGGAACAUAAAAUUCAUAUUUUUGUGUAAAAAUUUAUCUUUCAGACUAAAAAAAACUUUUACAAUUUUUGAUAUUUCUGUAUUGAUGUUCAUAUUAUGAAAUGUUUAGACGUAAUCAUCGUUUACAAAAUUAUCUUAUAAAGCUGUAUCAUUACUAUUUUUGUAAGUAAUAUUGAGUCAUUUGAAAUUUUCAAAUGUGUAUUUUAAAUAUGUAAAUAAUCACAAAAAUUCUAUUGAAACUAUAGAUGUUGUUCAUUGGUUCCUAUUUGAAUCAUAUUUAGAUAUGUCAAGAUCACAAAUAAAAUGUUAGUGUUUUGGAAAUGUUUAUUCCUAAAUAUUAACAACUAUUAAUUAGUGAAGUUAUCUGAGUGCUUUAAUGUAACAUUCAGAUUCCUGUUAAAAUUUUAUCUUGUUAUGAAGAAUACAGAAUAUACUUCUAAAUAGUUUUUUACAAGCACAAAUUUACUGCACAAGAUAUUUUACUUGGAAACUGUUAUAUGCGAUUUACUUUUCAAGUUGCCUAUUUUUAUUUCACAAUAAUUACUGUUGCAUUUCUCAUAAACACUGAAGUAAGUGGGACCAAUUUGUGUUUCUUUUAUUGUUGUUAGGUCCAAUUUCCAACCACUCUAUUGUAUAAGUUAAUGUAUAUUAAAUCUAUGUUACUUUAGCCUGAUUGUUUCAUAUGGCAUUAAUAUAUUUAUUCUUUACU